CUCAUCUACCAGUCCAUCGACCAACGCGCCCUCCAAUACGUCGUCAUGAUCGGCGGCGCCUACUUCCUCGUUGCUACCUUCGCCAUCUUCAUCUACGCCAGCCGCCUCUACACCAAUCGUACUAUCAUGGCCGCUGUCGGCAAGACUUAUGUCCCCGUCGAGCCGGGUGAAGUGGGCAAGAAGGUCAGAAAGAUGAUUGUCAAGCAAUACGAGCGCAGCGCUGUCGUCGCGUGGGAGAGCAGACCACGCGAUCUCCUUGGGGAGAUCCUCGAGGCGGAGCGCGUCGGCAUCCUGGCGCCGGAAACGGCGGGAUUGGGACGCAAUGAUUACACCGUUGGGCGAGAGAUCCGCAUUGAUCCCGAGAUUCCUCCGUGGGGUGACGUGCGUCAUGCUGGAUGGUCGUCGCCUGCACAAGGCAACGUCGGCGAGCUGCCAAACAUUCAAUUCGCACCUGUCAUCCAGGAGCUGCCGAACUUGAUUGAAGCCAAAGCUGUCUCACUCGCGCCUUCCGAUCCCGUCGACAACUCUACCGCCGAUCCCCAAGUCUUGGAAGUUCUCCAACGUCCAUCAACCACGGGCAUGCGAGAUUACCUCACGCAGCUUGCGUAUCUUGGCCUGGUCAAUCCGCCUGAGAUAGGGGAGGCCUUCUUAAAUCAGUACGAGUCUGCUCGAUUUAGUGGCUUGCCGCUAUCAGAAGACGAAUUCAGAAGCCUAAUGUCUGCUUUUGCCGAGCUUCUAGCCGGCAUGACGGGCCUGCAGCCGGAGAUUGUCGAGCAAAUACGCAUUCAGACCGGCGAG